UUAAAAGGUGUGAAAACAAACAGACUGAGUUUGAGGAGCUUCUGCUUUUUCUUCAUCUGCUUAUUUUCUCACGCGUUCACUUCCACAUUCACAGCUUCAGCUCUGCUAAAAACACAAACACUGUGGUAUGGUGUGCACUGACCGCGGUGCUUUCAGGGACAGCAGUAACACCAGAGACUGCAGUCAGACUGACCGCGGUGCGUUCAGGGACAGCAGUAACACCAGAGACUGCAGUCAGACUGACCGCGGUGCGUUCAGGGACAGCAGUAACACCAGAGACUGCAGUCAGACUGAGUGUGGUGCGUUCAGGGACAGCACUAACACCAUCAGCAGUGGUGUGUUUAGGUGCUGGUGUCCUCAGUGACUCUAACAGCUGUGACGUGUUAAAGUUGUGAACAGGAAGUGAAGCUGAAGGCGUCGCUCUGCUGCUCAGACUGACAUUCAGUCGUCAUCCAGACAACAUGAAGACUCCGUCUGUGUCUCUGCUCCUCGGUGUGUCUGUGCUGCUGCUGUCUGGACUGACUGUUUCUGCAGUCUCUCUGAAUGUCAGUCCAAACCGUCUCCAGUUCUUUGAAGGAGAGUCCGUCUCUCUGAGAUGUGAGGGACAGGUGGUCUCUGAUGGACAGACAGUAAAGAGGACCAGAGGAGGACAGACUGAGGACUGUGGACCAGCUUCAGGAUUUGGGAGGUUUGAUGGUUCCUCCUGUAUCAUCUCUGGUCUCAGUGUCUCAGACUCUGGAGGUUACUGGUGUGAAGACAGAGCUGAUCAGAUCAACAUCAGUGUCAUUAACACAGUAACUGAUAAAGCAGGUGUUCCAGUUAUUCUGGAGAUCCCUGCACUUCCUGUGAUGACAGGAAGUGAUGUCACUCUGCGCUGUAGAGACAAAGACAACAACAGAUUCAAGGCUUUUUUCUUCAGGGAUGGUAAAGACCUUGGAUCUGGACCUGAUGGAGAACUCACCCUCAGUAAAGUCCAACAGUCUCAUGAAGGUCUCUACUGGUGUUACAGAAACAAAGGUGUUGACUCUCCUCAGAGCAGACUGAGGGUCAGAGUCGUAGCAGCUCUGGGUUCUCUGGUUCUCCUGGUCCUGGUCCUGGUUGGUCUUGUGCGGUGGAGGAACCAGCUGACCUCCUGUCUGUGUUCAGGAUGGACACCGACCUCCUGUCUCUGCUGUGCAGGCCUGUUCCUGCUGACUGCUGCAGGUGUGUCUGUGCUGCUGCUGUCUGGACUGACUGUUUCUGCAGGUGAGGAAACAGCCUCCUGUGUCCCUGUAGUGAGACUCUUCUGCCAUCUAGUGGUCUUCUGUCCGUACUGCAUCUGCUCCGUCCUGCUGGUGUUGAUCUGCUGCAGCAGGAAGACAGGAAACAAAGCAGCCGUCUCCAUGGAGACGACCCCACCUGUUGGAGGAGGAGGAGAGGAUGAACAGUAUGAUGACAUCACUGCUGAUGUCACCACUGAGCAUGAGCUGUGAAGAGGCCUCACAGCUCUGUCUGCUUCAACAGUUUACUCUGUGAUCAGUUCCUUGUUGCUGUUGAACGAACUCUCUCCUGUACUUUCCUCUCAUGUUGUGAAGGAGUUUGUUGUUGUUUACUUCCUGUCAGUGACUGAAGGUUAAAUGUGUGUUUGUCCUGAGUUUCCUGCUCUGAAAUAAUAAAGGUGUUUUAAAGAC